AUGACUGAAAGGCUACAUAAACAUGAAUUGGAUGAAGCUGGUAUGAUAGCUCGACAAAUAUGGACUAAGAGAAAUGAAUUCAUUCAUGACAAGGGAUUCAGGCACCCAAACUCUGUCAUCUAUAAAGCUAUUAGUGACUUGAGACUUUUCAAGCGGGCUGUUACAAUUACUGAGUCUGCUAAAUGGAGGAAACCUAUAGAGGGAAAAUACAAACUCAACUGGGAUGCCUCUAUUAAUGACUCAAGAGGACUAAUAGGCAUUGGAACUAUAAUCCGAGACAGCUAUGGGAGAGUUCUUGGCACACUCAGAGCUAGACGCAACAUGAAGCUAUCACCCUUUGCAGCAGAAGCAUAUGCUCUAAUGAUUGCAGUCCUAUUCAGUAAAGAAGCUAGUUUUAGUGAGGUUCAUCUAGAGGGCGACUCCCUUCAAGUGGUGGAGAAGUUGAAGAAACCAGCUGAGGAUUGGAGUCUAGGAGGCCUAAUGAUUGAAGACAUAAAGAUUGUUCUUAGAUCUUUUGUUUUAUGGACUGUUUGUCACACUGGAAGGGAUGCUAAUAUGGUAGCUCAUAUGCUAGCCAAGGAUGCCAUUUUAAGUGAAGUUGAUCACUAUGAUCUAAAGUAG